AUGUCCUCAAGCCAGACAUAUCCAACACUGGCCGGCUCAAUCGAUCAGGCACAGAUGGGCGUCGACGCUAAUUCUGGUGCGGUCUGUCCAGAAUGGUACAAUCCACCUUCAUACAACUACGAUGAACCAUACAUGACUUCAUAUCCAACUUCGUCAGUGGAGAAUCAGCCAUGGCCUCAAUUCGUACGGACGUCCUUACCAGACAUCAACAUGAACGCCUAUGGGCUGCAACACUCCGAAUCCCAACAAUACCCACCACAAAUGAACGAUUCGCAUAGACCUCGAACAAGUCCUUCUCAUCUUGGUCUGUCUUCCAAUGGCCUUUCGUGGCCCGCAAAUGGACUUGGAAUCCAAUACCCUCCACCAAGCUCAAACGUCCCAACUCCGCCGGUCAGUUCGACCUUUCCUCCAAUGUCCUACUCGGCAUCUGCUGGUAUUCCAACGCCACCCGUCUCAUCUACCUUUCCAUCCAUGUCCUUUUCAGCGUCUACCGGCGUUCCUACGCCUCCCAUCUCUUCAACAUUUCCACCAAUGGCAUAUUCAGCGGCGGCUGAUCUAUCGACUCCACCGGUAACCUCGACUUUCCCUCCAACCUCCUUCCAGGCGUAUUCCGCGGAUGAAUUCUACAACAUUCCAAGCCCAGAGCUCAGACAAGUGCGAUCUAGAAAGUCGUAUACCAGCAUCGCUCCCAAUCCAAGUCCAGUUCCCGAGAAACGCAAAUUGGAAAAGGACGAAGAAGAUGAAGCCGUUCCGGAUCUCCCAACAUUGAAGCGCCGCAWACGCUGUUCAUCUGCUACUUCCGCGACACUGAAUGACGAAGACAGACUUCUCCUUCAGCUCAAGGAGGAAGAAGAACUUCCCUGGAAGGAGCUAAUCGUCCGCUUCAAAGCCGAGACAAACAAGACCCAUACCGUCGCCUCACUUCAAAUGCGAUACAAGCGUCUUCGUGAUAAGCACCGUAUCUGGGAGGAUGCUGAUGUCGAUGCUUUGAGGAAAGCACAUGAAUAUUGGGAGAAUUCAAAGUGGGACAUUAUCAGUGCUAAAAUGACAGAUUUUGGCAUCGGAGAAAAAUGGCCCUCUCGUCACUGUGGACGCAAAUGGCAGGAACUGGAACAUGCAACAAUGGGAUUUCCUCCAACAAACUCCCACUUCAACACUCCCACUUCAGUUUCUCAACUGUCCAGUCCGAUCGAAGGUCCUGUGCAAUUCAGCUGGGUUGCCAUGUCAUCUUGA